AUUACUCCCAUCGUGCAGGUUCCUGCCUGCAAAACUGAGGUCGGGGGACUCCGGGAUGAAAUCCCAAAGGAGAGCAGGAUCGGAACCGGGAGAGGGAGGUCCUCUGGUAUUCGGUCCGUGACCUUGUCAGUCCCGUCUGCCCAGACUAGGCCGCGGCCCGGCCGGGCGCUGACGUUCCAGAUCCCCUCGGACAAAAGGCCGAGGCCGUGGUACCAAUCCACGCAGCACCCCGUAGCGCCCGGGGGCGGGAGCCGGCGAGCCGGAGAGACUCGCCUCGGCUCGCCUAUUGGCUGGGCCCGACGCCCAUCCGGACUCCGGUGCCAGACGAUUGGCCAAAGGGGGCGGGGCUCGCAGAGCCCCAAUGAAUGGGGGAGCCGGAAGCAGGAAGUGAGUUUGCGAACAGAGCAGCUGCUGCAGCAGGGCCCAUGGCGGACACCCAGUACAUCCUGCCCAAUGACAUCGGCGUGUCUAGCCUGGACUGCCGCGAAGCCUUCCGCCUGCUGUCACCCACAGAGCGCCUCUAUGCCCACCACCUGUCGCGGGCCGCCUGGUACGGAGGCCUGGCCGUGCUGCUGCAGACCUCCCCUGAGGCUCCCUACAUCUAUGCCCUGCUUAGCCGCCUCUUCCGCGCCCAGGACCCUGACCAACUGCGCCAACAUGCCCUGGCCGAGGGCCUCACCGAGGAGGAGUAUCAGGCAUUCCUGGUCUAUGCCGCGGGUGUCUACUCCAACAUGGGCAACUACAAGUCCUUUGGUGACACCAAGUUUGUCCCCAACCUGCCCAAGGAGAAGCUGGAACAUGUGAUCCUGGGGAGUGAGGCAGCUCAGCAUCACCCAGAAAAAGUCAGGGGCCUCUGGCAGACCUGCGGAGAGCUUAUGUUCUCUCUGGAGCCACGGCUGCGACACCUCGGGCUGGGGAAGGAGGGAAUCACUACCUAUUUCUCCGGGGAUUGUACCAUGGAAGAUGCCAAACUGGCCCAAGACUUUCUGGACUCACAGAACCUCAGUGCCUACAACACACGACUCUUCAAGGAGGUUGACCAGGAAGGGAAGCCCCGCUACGAGGUGCGGCUGGCUUCCGUGCUCGGCACAGAGCCUACUCUGGACUCUGAAGUGACUUCCAAGCUGAAGAGCUAUGAAUUCCGGGGGAGCCAGUUCCAGGUGACCCGGGGAGACUAUGCUCCCAUCCUCCAGAAAGUGGUUGAGCAACUGGAGAAAGCCAAGGCAUAUGCAGCCAACAGCCACCAGGAGCAGAUGCUGGCUCAGUACAUAGACAGCUUCACCCAGGGCUCUAUCGAGGCCCACAAGAGGGGCUCCCGCUUCUGGAUCCAGGACAAGGGGCCCAUCGUGGAGAGCUACAUUGGGUUCAUUGAGAGUUACCGUGACCCCUUUGGUUCCCGGGGAGAAUUUGAAGGCUUCGUGGCCAUGGUGAACAAGGCCAUGAGUGCCAAGUUCGAGCGACUGGUGGCAAGUGCAGAACAGCUGCUGAAGGAGCUGCCCUGGCCCCCAGCCUUCGAGAAGGACAAGUUCCUCACCCCCGACUUCACUUCUCUGGAUGUCCUCACCUUCGCUGGCUCCGGCAUCCCUGCUGGCAUCAACAUCCCCAACUAUGACGACCUGAGGCAGACGGAAGGCUUUAAGAAUGUGUCUCUGGGGAACGUGCUGGCUGUGGCCUACGCCACGCAGCGGGAGAAGCUUACCUUCCUGGAGGAGGAUGACAAGGACCUGUAUAUCCGCUGGAAGGGGCCCUCCUUUGACGUGCAGGUGGGGCUGCACGAGCUUUUGGGUCACGGCAGCGGCAAGCUCUUUGUGCAGGAUGAGAAAGGAGCAUUCAACUUUGACCAGGAGGCAGUGAUCAACCCAGAGACGGGGGAGCAGAUCCAGAGCUGGUACCGCAGCGGGGAGACCUGGGACAGCAAAUUCAGCACCAUCGCCUCCAGCUACGAAGAGUGCCGGGCUGAGAGCGUGGGCCUCUACCUCUGUCUCCACCCCCAAGUGCUAGAGAUCUUUGGCUUCGAGGGGGCUGAUGCAGAAGAUGUGAUUUAUGUGAACUGGCUCAACAUGGUUCGGGCUGGGCUGCUCGCUCUGGAGUUCUACACACCUGAGGCCUCCAACUGGCGACAGGCCCACAUGCAGGCCCGGUUUGUGAUCCUGAGGGUCUUGUUGGAGGCUGGCGAGGGUCUCGUUACCGUCACUCCCACCACAGGCUCCGAUGGGCGCCCAGAUGCCCGGGUCCGUCUUGACCGCAGCAAGAUCCGGUCCGUGGGCAGGCCCGCCCUGGAGCGAUUCCUACGGAGACUCCAGGUACUGAAGUCCACAGGGGAUGUGGCCGGAGGACGGGCUCUGUAUGAGGGAUACGCGGCGGUCACUGAUGCGCCCCCCGAGUGCUUCCUUACCCUCAGGGACACAGUGCUGCUACGCAAGGAAUCUCGGAAGCUCAUCGUUCAGCCCAACACUCGCCUUGAAGGCUCAGAAGUGCAGCUUCUGGAAUAUGAGGCCUCAGCUGCUGGCCUCAUUCGAUCCUUCUCCGAGCGCUUUCCAGAGGACGGGCCUGAGUUGGAGGCAGUCCUCACCCAGCUGGCCACAGCUGAUGCCCGAUUCUGGAAUGGCCCCUGUGAGGCCCCAUCUGACCAGGCCUAAGGAAGAUUUGUGCAGCCCCUCCCCCACUCCAUCAAACCAAGGCUGCCAGUGACCCUCCAUUUGUGUGUGUAUUUAGAGGCUAGAUGAAGGGGAGGAGGCAAGAGCUCAGACCUUGGUACUACCUCAGCUGAGGGUGGUGACACUAAUCCCUCCUAUUUGCCAGCACUUUCCAAUUUACCAAGUGCUUUCCCUCUGUUAUCUCAUUUGAUCUGCACUGCCCUCUGGAGUGGGCAAGACAGGGCUCACUAUCCUGUUUCCUAGAUCGGGAAACAGUAGUUCUGAGAAGUGAUUGGUCUAUAUCCUCGCAGGUAGUACGCAAUGGCCAGGGCUCAAAAUGUUCUCACCAAAUCCAAUGCUCUUCACAUAUUACUUUUAUAACCAGAAAAAUAAAUAUUAGAAACAACCACCAUC